CCAAGAGCCAUGGACAAUGCCUCCCAGUCCUCAGGUCCUAAAGUGGCCAGCUUUGGGAUUCCUGAUAUAGUUGUUGUUGUGGUUUAUUUUGUCUUUGUCCUUGCAGUUGGAAUAUGGUCUUCUGUCCGUGCAAGUCGGGGAACAGUAGGAGGAUAUUUCCUAGCUGGAAGAACAAUGACCUGGUUUCCUAUUUUGUAAAAAGAGAAGAGAACAUUUGCAACACGUUUAUAUUGGGGAUUGUCUCUAGCCUGAUUGGUGCAUCUUUAAUGUCCAGCAAUGUUGGAAGCGGUCUCUUUGUAGCAAUGGCCGGAUCAGGAGCCGCGGGAGGUUUGGCAGUCGGAGGUUUUGAAUGGAAUGCAUCUUGGAUGCUGAUCGCUCUUGGAUGGAUCUUCGUACCUGUAUAUAUUGCCUCUGGAGUAGUCACUAUGCCUGAGUACUUGGAAAAACGUUUUGGUGGUCACCGUAUUCGGAUUUACAUGUCUGUCCUAUCCCUCAUCCUCUACAUUUUCACCAAGAUAUCGACAGAUAUUUAUUCUGGAGCUCUGUUCAUCCAGUUAUCCCUGGGUUGGAAUAUUUACCUGGCUACAGUGAUAUUACUAAUAGUCACAGCCAUUUACACUGUUGCUGGUGGACUAGCUGCGGUCAUCUACACCGAUACCCUGCAGACAGUCAUCAUGGUGGUCGGGGCCUUCAUCCUCAUGUUUAUUUCAUUUGUGGAAAUUGGCUGGUACACAGGAUUAGAAGAGAAGUACAUGAAAGCGAUCCCGAAUGUAACUGUUCCCAACACAACCUGUCAUCUGCCCCGCAGUGAUGCCUUCCACAUGCUACGUGACCCGAUCACUGGCGAUCUGCCCUGGCCCGGUCUCAUAUUUGGUCUGACAAUAUUGGCCACUUGGGUUUGGUGUACUGACCAGGUGAUUGUGCAGAGGUCUCUGUCAGCCAAGAACUUGUCCCAUGCUAAAGGGGGCUCUAUUGUUGGGGGAUACUUGAAGAUUCUGCCCACGUUCUUUGUGGUACUGCCUGGGAUGAUCAGCAGGGCGUUAUAUCCAGAUGAAAUCGGCUGUGUUGACCCUGAAGAAUGUCGGAAAUACUGUGGCAUUGAUGUCAGCUGCUCAAAUACGGCCUAUCCCAAGCUGGUAAUAACACUCAUGCCUGUCGGAUUAAAGGGUUUGAUGAUAGCAGUCAUUGUGGCGGCUCUUAUGAGUUCUCUCACGUCCAUCUUCAAUAGUGCCAGCACUAUAUUUACUCUUGAUAUCUGGAUCCGUAUACGCAAGAAUGCCAAGGAACAGGAGCUUAUGAUCGUCAGCAGAGUCUUCAUUGUGGUACUUGUGGUAAUCAGUAUUUUGUGGAUCCCCAUUAUCCAAGCAGCAGGUAGUGGUCAGCUCUUUGACUAUAUGCAGUCUGUUACCAGUUACCUCUCUCCGCCUGUUACUGCUAUAUUUGUUCUGGCAAUUUUCAUCAAGAGAGUCAACGAGCCAGGAGCUUUCUGGGGUCUGCUCAUUGGCCUGCUGGUGGGUUUGAUUCGAAUGAUCAUGGACUUUGUUUAUGUAGCUCCCAAUUGUGGGCAGGAGGACACCAGACCGUCAGUGCUGAAACACGUCCACUACUUGUAUUUUGCCAUUUUACUCUUUGGACUGACCUCAGUUAUCUGCAUUGUCAUCAGUUUGUUCACAAAAGCCAUACCUGAUGAAGAGCUUGGUUGCAUGACUUGGUGGACACGGCAUAGACCCGAUCAAACUCCUUCCCUGAAAGCUGAAGAGGACAUUGCUGUCAUAUCGACCACAAUUCCACCUAUUGAGAAAGAGCCAGAAGGAAGCGUGAUGCCACAAGAUGACAUUUUCCAAGACAAUUGUUCUGUACAGGAGCAGAAAACAAGUAUUUACACUCCAAAAACUUCCUGGUGGAAAAAGUUUUAUUUCUGGUUCUGUGGUAUAUCAACGCAGCCUGAAGCCAAAAUGUCCAAAGAAGAAGAGAUGAAGUUGCAGAGGAAGUUGACCAGUAUUGAAGAGAAACCAUUCUGGCGAGCCGUGUGCAAUAUCAAUGCCGUCAUCCUCCUCGCCAUCAAUGUUUUCCUCUGGGGUUACUUUGCAUAAACUACAAUGAGCAGAAGGAACUCUGUAAAGUUUGUGGUCAGAGUGUGAAUUGACAGCAAUUGUAGAAUAUCACCGACCCAGAGCUGUCGUCUCCCUCUCCCACCUCCGAUCUUCUAGACCUUGUAGACAAACCCCAAGUGGUGCAAUGUUUUUCUAUAUAAUAACCGCCAUAUCUCUAUUUACCCCAUAACAUCCGUACCUUAGAAACCAUUUUUUAAAGUUUUAUAGCACUGGAAUCCAUCUUAAGAAGCCAAAGACUAUCUAAGUGAGUCCCAAACAGCAAAGCACACUAGAAGGGUCAUCCACUUCGCUUACACAUGGAGGAAAGGAAGGAGAGGUCUCUAAUCAUUCAUAUGGGAUCCAGGACUAAACUAAAGGAUGACGAUAGAUGAUUUAAUGAUAUUAUAAGGAGUCUGUGGAGAAUGUGCAUAAAAUAAAGGUUAAAUAUAAUCCAUUCUCUAAGUGGAGGUCCCAGCAGUCGGACCCCCACCAAUAUGAUACUCAUAACUAAGCUGAUGCUAACUAUGUAAUGUGUAUGGGGGUCUCCUGACUCUCCUCUAAUGUCAGCGUAAAGAAGGGUGUUCUAGGGCUGGGCGGUAUACCAGUUCAUACCGAAUACCGAAAUUUUUGGGCUGCACGAUAUGAAUUUUUCCCAUACCGCAAUACCGGUUUGGCCCCUCCCCCUCAGGAAUGAAUGAAUCAGCUCAGCGUUGCGCUGUCCCCACAUCGGGGAACUAAUCAUAUGUGACCCGCCAGCACUGUCACGUAAGGAGCUCUGG